AUGGCACCAAGAAGAUAUGAAGCCGAGAAGAAGGACCCUGCUCCUUUGGCAAAGCCUCUCGACUUUGCUUUCUCCAAGAAGACUGCCCAGAACCGAUUCCUCAAGGGUGCUAUGACCGAGCGUCUAUCAUCAUGGGAUGCUCAGAACCUCGAAGCUCGUGGUGUUCCUUCCAAGAACCUCGUCAACGUCUACCGACGAUGGGGCGAGGGCGAGUUCGGCGUCAUCCUGACCGGUAACAUCAUGAUCGAGUACGACCACCUGGAGGCUGCUGGCAACCCCAUCAUUCCCCGUGGCUCAAAGUACGAGGGCGAGCGAUUUGAGAUGUUCAAGGAGCUUGCGACACAGUCAAAGAAGCACGGCUCUUUGAUCGUCGGACAGGUCAGCCACCCAGGUCGCCAGGUAACCGAGAGCAUCCAGAAGAACCCCAUCUCCGCAUCCGACGUACAAUUAGAGGGCAACGUCAUGGGCAUGACCUUCGCCAAGCCACGCGCCGCUACCGACGAGGAUAUCAAGAACGUCAUCGAGGGCUUCGCUCACGCAGCUGAGUACCUUGAGAAGGCCGGUUAUGACGGUAUCCAGCUUCACGGAGCUCACGGCUACCUGCUCGCACAAUUCCUUGCCCCAAGCACCAACAAGCGUACCGACAAGUACGGUGGAUCUCUCGAGAACCGCGCACGCAUCAUCACCGAGAUCGGUCAGGAAGUCCGCAAGCGCACAUCUUCCAACUUCGUCCUUGGCAUCAAGCUCAACUCUGUUGAGUUCCAAGACAAGGGUUUCGGUACCGAGGAGGCCGCAACCCUUUGCAAGUUGCUUGAGGACAACAGCUUCGACUUUGUUGAGUUGUCCGGUGGUACCUACGAGCAGCUUGCUUUCGGCCACAAGCGCGAGUCCACCAAGAAGCGCGAAGCUUUCUUCCUCGACUUCGCCGAGAAGAUUACACCUUCGCUCUCCAAGACCAGGACCUACGUCACUGGUGGCUUCAAGAGCGCCGCUGCCAUGGUCGAUGCCCUCAACACCGUCGAUGGUGUUGGUCUCGCUCGUCCGGUCACCCAGGAGCCCGAGCUUCCUCGCCAGAUCAUCAACGGCGAGGUUCACGCCGCGAUCAACCAAUUGACCGACGACAAUGACUUCGGCAUCACCAACGUUGCGGCAGGAACACAGAUCAGGCAGUUGGGCAAGGACCAGCAGCCUAUCGACCUGAGCGACGAGAAGAACUUCGAGGCUUUCCAGAAAGACAUGGGUACCUGGGCUCAAGGCUUCUCCGACGACAAGACCGGAAGCAAGUACGGUUACGUGGACAUUGAGAGCGCCAAGGCGAUCCCAUACGGCACCGCUGCCCCUGCUUCGUAG